UGUGCAAGCUCCUGCCUCACGUCGGUCGCCAUUGUCGCCUGUCGAAGGGUCAACAACUCCGGCUUCCUCUGCCAAGAGCGGAGCGAGCCUUCCGGUCUCCGGGUCCCACAGAGCGCGAAGCUCGAUCGGUCCUCCAGCCGAGCCGACAGCGAACAACCAACAGAGACGAACCGAAACGAAGCCAAAGAGCUGAGACUUUGCCAGCAUGGAUGUGGUGUCGCCAGAUCUCAACAGCCUCCUUCCUGAUGAGAUCAUGGAUACUGAGGCCAUAGAGGACAUCCCUCACUCCCAACCCGACAGCACCUCGGUCCAGUCAGAGCCCAACGAUGACACACCGGUCCCGAUGGAAACGGAUACACCCGCGGCUUCAGAAAAUUUGAGCCUCUGUUCAAAUGUCACUUCAACAGAACACACUCAGGCUCUCACCACGUCCACCGCCACAGACACCAUACUCGGCGUCAGCUCCGGAAGUCAGCUUCCGAUGUCAAUUUCCACUACAUCGUCAUCCCUUCUUACCCUCAAACCAGGGAUGGCUACUUCCAUAGCCGCUACCAAAACUACAGAUAGUUUGACUGGGACUAGUAUCUCUACAGGUGGAUUACAGAAGUUAACGGCUCCGUUUACCAUCUCUGCUGCAAACCACCAGAUCAUUCUCAACAAGGUGGCCUCGUCUCAAGCCACAGAAGCAGCAAAGUCGGCAGGUACUCAACCGCAGGUCAUCAAGCAGGAAGGACAAAAACUUUUGGUUACAGCAAUAGGAAAGUCGGGGCAACCUAUAGUGCUGCAGUUACCCCACACAGGCAGCAAGCCUGGCAUUUCACAGAUGUCAGGAGACCCCAAAUCUCAAGCUCCACAGUUUAAAGUGGUGACUAUUGGUGGGAGGUCGGAGCUGAAGCCAAUGAUGGGGAGUGCUGGCAACCAGAUGACCACGUUACAGGCCCAGCAGCUGAAGACCUUACAGAUUGCUAAGAAAACACCGACAUCCUCCGCUGCGCCGAUAAAGUUUAUCAUCACAAAAACGGUUAACAGCAAAGGUCUGAGUCCUCAGACAACAGUGUCUCCUGUUAUUGCGGGACGGGCCCUCACACAGAAUUCCCCAGUGAUGCCCCCGAGGACGAUCACUCUGUCUGAGUCCAUCAACACUAGUUUACAAAGUAUCUCCGGCAAAAAGAUUGCUAUCUCGCCCCUUAAGACUCCCAGCAAGGUGACGGUGGUAUCUGUUGCUUCCCCGACCUCCAAUGCCACUCAGAAGUCAGUGGCGCUGCCUGUGAAUGUAGCACUCGGCCAGCAGAUCCUCACAGUCCAGCAGUCCACAUGUGCAUCUCCAGUCAAGGUGGCCACCAGCCAAAACACAACACAGAACAUCAAACAAGUGCAGUCUGUGGCUGUGGGCGGAGUCGGUGGCUCUCAGUUCAAGACCCUCAUCCCACUGACCAGCCAGCCGAAUGUGCAGCAGAUUCAGGUCCCGGGGAGCAGGUUUCACUACGUCCGCCUCGUCACGGCAACCACAGCGAGCAGCGUGGGACAGCCCAGUGGUCCCAGCACCAGCUCUUUACAGACAGCUAAACCUAUGGUGGUCAGUACAGGAGCAGUCAGGAUGUCUGUCCCGAUCGUCCCAGCACAGACCAUCAAACAGAUGGCACCUAAACCCUUAACAUCAGCAGCCGUAGUAACCACCACUCAGACCCAGCAACGCCUCAUCAUGCCUGCCACUCCACUGCCCCAGAUCCAGCCCAACUUCACCAACCUCCCUCCCGGCACCGUGCUGGCCCCAGCUCCAGGAGGCGGGAACGUCGGCUAUGCAGUCGUGCCAGCACAAUAUGUCACACAGCUCCAGCAGGCCCCAUUUGUGACCCUCGCCAGCAGCUCUGGUUACCCCACGUCCACUGCUAUCCAGACUCAGGCCAGAUUGCCACUCAAUGGCUUGUCAACAGCAGAAUCGACCUCAAGACCGAGGAAACCUUGCAACUGCACCAAGUCGCAGUGUCUCAAGCUAUACUGUGACUGCUUUGCAAAUGGAGAGUUCUGCAACAAUUGUAACUGCAAUAACUGCUUCAAUAACUUGGAACAUGAAACGGAACGUCAAAAAGCUAUAAAGACGUGUCUGGAGCGCAACCCAGAGGCCUUCAAACCUAAAAUUGGAAAAGGCAAAGAAGGAGAGUCAGACCGUCGACACAGCAAAGGCUGCAACUGCAAACGAUCCGGCUGCCUGAAGAACUACUGCGAGUGUUACGAGGCGAAGAUCAUGUGCUCGUCCAUUUGUAAGUGCGUUGGCUGCAAGAACUUUGAGGAGAGCCCAGAGAGGAAGACACUGAUGCACUUGGCUGAUGCCGCAGAAGUCCGGGUACAGCAGCAGACCGCCGCUAAGACCAAGCUGUCGUCGCAGAUCUCCGACCUGCUCAUGCGGACGACGCCGGUUAUUUCAAGUGGAGGGGGCAGGAUGCCAUAUACGUUUGUAACAAAGGAGGUGCUCGAAGCAACGUGCGAGUGUCUACUGGAACAGGCCAAAAAGGCGGAACAGCCUCAGGUGGAAGCAGAGAGGAUGAUCCUGGAGGAGUUUGGACAUUGCCUCAUGAGGAUAAUCAGCUCGGCGGGGAAAGCCAAAGCAGACUGUGCCUCCAUCAACUGCUAGGCCGAGCACUCUGGCUCUCUCCGCCCUCUUAACCCGAGCCCAGCUGUGGGGGGGCGGGCG